UGCGCGCAGGAGGAGGAGGAGGAGCCCGGGCUCCUCCGCUGUGAUAACAGGCUGCUGCCUCGGCUCUGUUAUCUUCCGUUCCCCGCCGUCCGAGCAGCGGAUCUCCUCCGGACCUGCACCGGGAUUUAUUGAAUUCUUAUGAAAGUUCACUGAUAGCCGAAGCGCUCCUCCCAUGGUGUCCCCGGGAGACUCCCCGGCCUCUACUCGACUUUACGGAAACUAUCGGCGACCGUUUGGGGGUCUUGGAAAUCAUGGAAACGUGGUUUUUGCAUCACGUCCUCGGGGUGUCUCUGUCGGUCCUGCUCCUGGGUCUACCGGGGCCCCUAGGGGCAGGGACCCCCAGUAACAACAGCACGGAUCCGGUAACGGCAGGAUUUUAUUAUUCAACCGCCACAGAUGAACUCACUAACAUGGAAAACAAUGCAACUUCAACUUCAUACUCCAGCGAGAGUUUAUCAGCAUCACAGAGGAACAUCCUGCUCACACACACCGCUGAAUCACACACUGCUGCUGCUGGAAACUUCGACACUGAUCAGACGCAAACAUUCACAGAAACAACCAUCAGGUCACUAGAAGCCAUAAGUUUGUCUACUGAGCCACUCACUCCCACCCUUGUUAUAGCCACCACUGAGGCCAGUGUCAGCACAGGCAGCAGCAGCAGCACUGGUAUCAGCACUGGUAGCAGCAGCACUGGUAGCAGCACUGGUAGCAGCACCGGCAGCAGCACCGGUAGCAGCAGCACUGGCAGCAGUACCGGUAGCAGCAGCACUGGUAGCAGUACCAGUAGCAGCAGCACUGGUAGCAGUAGCACUGGUAGGAGCACCGGUAGCAGUACCAGUAGCAGCAGCACUGGUAGCAGCAGCACUGGCAGCAGUACCGGUAGCAGCAGCACUGGUAGCAGUACCGGUAGCAGCAGCACUGGUAGCAGCACCGGUAGCAGUACCAGUAGCAGCAGCACUGGUAGCAUCACCGGCAGCAGUCCCGGUAGCAGCAGCACUGGUAGCAGCAGCACUGGUAGCAGCACUGGCAGCAGUACCGGUAGCAGCAGCACUGGUAGCAGCACCGGCAGCAGUACCGGCAGCAGUCCCGGUAGCAGCAGCACUGGUAGCAGCAGCACUGGUAGCAGCGCUGGUAGCAGCACUGGCAGCAGUACCGGUAGCAGUACCGGUAGCAGUACCGGUAGCAGCAGCACCGGCAGCAGUACCGGUAGCAGCAGUACCGGCAGCAGCAGCAGAGCCUGGAAGGACUUUACUAACACAAACCAGAUGCCAGACGCCUUCCCUGCUGUGUCCUCCAAGGCUAGUUCCUGGAUGUUGACAGAGGACACCAGACUGCCCCAGGACAGCCCGGACACCACCCUCCGACUAGGAGAUGCCUCAGACUCGAUGUCCCACACAGCCGUCCACACCGACAGCACCUACACUUCUACUGCCAUCAGCCGAGCUGGGGAGAGGACCCUGCUGUCUGUCACCUCCUCUUCCAGCAACAGCACCUCCUCUGCCUUUACAGAGGACUCCAACUCCCAUCAGCCCCCCUCCACUUGGGGUAUUUCUGCUCGGGCUACCGAGACUGAGGACUACACCCACAGUGCGCCGGCCACCAGGACCGACAGCAGAGACACAACAGACCAGCACAUGACGCACUCCUUCAAGGGGAUAUUUCCAGAGACAAGUUUAACUGGACAACCUAAUGCCACCCAUCAUCAAUACACCUCAACAUCAGAGGAGACCUCUGACUCGACACCACCUCUCAGAGUAACAGAGCCCAGCACUGACCAAUCGGAAGUGUCCGUUUCCUCCACACCUUCUGUCACCUCACCUGCAGAAGGUCCUAGAAACAUCUCAGGGACAGAGCAGGUGUCGGGCUUUAGUGUUACAACCUCCACUGAGUUCUCCACCGAAGCCCACAGCUCCAGCACUCAGAACCAGGAGGCCACUGUGGGGGUUUCAUCCCAGACCAGUGACCAAAGCGUUGGCUCGGGUCUGACCACAGCACCCCCGACAGUCAGUAGUACAUCAGAAGUGGACAACUCUCUAACAGACACUCCAGUGCUCGUUACUAAGUUCUUCCUCAUCACCACACCUGUCACUGUUACAGAAAGAUCACAGAUAACGGAGGAAGACACUUUCAACGCCACUGCGUCCACCUCCACCACCACCACCACCACGACCACCACCACCACCACCACCACCACCACCACCACCAUCACCACAGCAACCAGCCCUCCUUUACCUGCAACCUCAUCCUCCAGGUUCAGUAGCACCACUAGCAGCUCUACUCCAGGGUCACCUACCGAGGCCACCGUCCCGUACACUACGCCCUCCACCACCCUGGCCUUGCUGACCUCUGCCGCGCACGCAACUCCCCGCGUGUCGCCCAGCCAAACCCAGGGGCCCUCAACUGGGAUGGAUAACCCCACAAACGCCACCACCCUGCAGAUAGAGACAAGCACGGACACCCCGGGAAUCACCACAACUCACAGCGAGCACAUCACCCCCUCCUACACCCACAGAAGCCCAACUAAGAGUACAGAGGCUCUGCAGACCACCGGGAAACAGACAGACAGAAGAACUACAGAGCUGGUUGGGACCACAUCACCCACCAAGGCACCGCCAACACCACCAGGGAACCCUUGUGUGUCAAACCCUUGUAUGAACGGAGGGAUGUGUGUGAGCUAUAAAGGGCAUCAAUUCACCUGCCACUGUCAGCAGGCAUGGACAGGACUGACCUGCAACCAGGAUGUGGAUGAGUGUGAGAGGGACCCAUGCCCCGCUGGGUCCAGGUGUGUGAACACGCGAGGUUCCUUCAGCUGUGAAUGUCCGCUGGGCUUCGACCUCGAGGACGGACGCACCUGCACCAGAGCAAAGGCAUUUCUGGGAACUUUCAGUGUUAACAAAUUGCCACAUGAUAUCUUCAAGAGCGCCACCAUGCAUGAGAUCCAGAGAGAGCUCAUUCAGCUGCUCAAUGCUUCCUUGUCAGUCCUCCGAGGUUACAGCCGCUCAACGCUAAGUAAGAAAGAAGAGGCUGGGGUUCGUAUCUCAGCUGUCAACAUGUUUUCCAUUUCCACCGAUGUGACGAGCGCAGAGGUCCACAACAGCAUCCAGAUGUCUCUCAGCAACUGCAGCUCCUCAUUGGCCCACUGUCGGAUGGUCCUGCAGCACCAGCUCACCUAUCACGUUGAAAGUCUGUGUGUAGCCCAGAAGACUCAGUGUGAUAGAGAGCGCUCCACCUGCACAGACAACAGCGGCACAGCCAACUGCCAGUGUCUUCAAGGAUACUACAAACACAACCCUGACGACCUGUCCUGCUUAGAAUGUGGGGAUGGCUACAAGCUGGAAAAUGGCACCUGUGUUCCGUGCAUGUUUGGAUUUGGAGGAUUCAACUGUGGAAAUUUUUACAAGCUGAUUGCAGUCGUGGUGUCACCUGCAGGGGGCGCUCUGCUCCUCAUCCUCAUCAUUGCUCUCAUUGUCACCUGUUGCAAGAAAGACAAGAAUGACAUCAACAAGAUCAUCUUCAAGAGUGGAGACAUGCAGAUGUCCCCAUACGCAGACUUUGCCAAAAAUAACCGCAUAUCCACAGAGUGGGGCAGGGAGACCAUAGAGAUGCAAGAGAACGGCAGCACCAAGAACCUGCUGCAAAUGACUGACAUUUACUACUCUCCUGCGUUGCGUAACUCAGACCUGGAGAGAAACGGCCUGUACCCGUUCACGGGCCUGCCGGGUUCUCGCCACUCGUGCAUCUACCCUGCCCAGUGGAACCCCUCCUUUAUCAGUGACGAUUCACGAAGGAGAGACUACUUCUGACUGCCCCACCUUGAACACACACACACACAGACACACACACACACACACACACACACACACACACACACACACAACUUACUAUCUCUUAUAAUGAUGUGUUAUAAUGGUUUUCCGUCACAGUGAGAGUGGGAGCCCAUUUGACCAUCCGCAUUCAGGGCUGCACACUAACAAUGUAAAUGCAGGUGUGUGUGUGUGUGUGUCUGUCUGUCUGUCUGUCUGUCUGUCUGUCUGUCUGUCUGUGUGUGUGUGUGUGUGUGUGCGUGCGUGCGUGUGUGUCUGCAUAUUGUGGAAGUGCACAUUUUUUUGCAAGUGAAAUAUUUCCUGAGAAUGUUAUUGUGUGGCCAUUUCAGUGUUUUUGCAUGUUUUAGCUCAUUUGCUUCGACUCACACAUUACAUUGCUGCCACUGUGUUGUUAAAGACUAUUUAAUGUGUUUUUCGUGCCUUACAGGCAGCCUCUGAUUCUCAUUUACUUACACUGUAUGAUGAAAAAUAAUUUCCAGACGCUUGAAACGUGCUUGAGGUAGGCCAUGACAGUAAACAAUCAUAUCUGCCUUGUUGCUGCCUUUUAAUGCAGUUCAGUUUUGCUUGAAAAAUCUGCACUGCAUUAAUGCACAAUAUUAAAUAAAGGAAGAUAUAAUAUUCACUGUGCUCAAAGACAGGAAUGUGAGUUCAUGACCACCAGGAAUGUGGGAAAACAAUCCGAUUACAUGUUUUUUUUAAACAGCAGUGAUGUAAAGUGUAUGUGAUGUGUAGCAAAUACAUGCAAAAACAUUGAUAUGGUCCUUUAAGUGCUGAAGUAUGAAUAUGUACGUGCCACUGCUGUGAUUUGAAAAUAAUCAGUUUCUUCUUAGAUAAUAGUCUGAGAAUAAAGUAUUGAUGGAACAAGACAAUAACAAAACCACUGAAGGAUGUGCAAAGUUCGGUUUAAUGCCAAUAGAAACUGAGGAACGACUUUGAAUCUGAUAACGACGUUUAUUUAUUCCCUCUUUGUCCAAGUCCUUGACAUGUAGCAUACUGGACACCUUACAUACACACUGACAGACUGGAGACGGAUACACUUGUGGCUUGUGUGUGUGUGUGUGUGUGUGUGUGUGUGUGUGUGUGUGUGUGUGUGUG